AUGAAGAAGUAUGCAACUAUUCCUUUCUGUAAAUUAUGCCCCUUCUCUGAGACUCCUUGGACAGUCCACAGAUUCUCCCAGAACGUGACCAACAUAACCACUGUGACCGAAUUCUUCCUGCUGUGGUUCUCAGACAUCCGGGAGCUGCAGCUGGCCCACUCCACGCUGUUCCUCCAGGUCUAUCUGGUCUUGUUGGUGAUUUUGUUAGUUGGUGCGGAACUGCUCAUCCUCACGCUAAUGUUCUACAACCGCUACGUGGUUAUCUGCCUCCCACUGUGCUAUAAUGUCACCAUAAACCGAGAGACCUGUUUAAAGAUGGCCACUUCCUCCUGGAUCGGCGGGGGUAUAUUUGGGGUGAUGUACACGGCGGGGCCAUUCUCCCUGCGCUUCUGUGGGUUGCCUGUUGCUCCACAAUUCUUCUGUGAUGCCCCUUCCUUGCUGAUGGUCUCAUGUUCUGAGACUCACGUGGUUUUUAAUUUCAGCUUGGCCUCUGGGUUUGUUUGUUCUUCAUUCUCCUCUGUCUCCUUCGUCACCUUGUAUAUCCGCAUCUUCUGGGCCGAGCUGAGGAUGCCUGCCACCGAGGGCCGGGGAAAGGCCUUCUCUACCUGCUUACCCCACCUCACUAUCGUCACUGUUUUUCUCUUUACGGCUUCGGUUGCCUUUCUUAAACCUCCCUCAGACUCCCCCUCAGCCGUGGACCUGCUGGUGUCCCUGCUCUACACCACGGUAACGCCCCUCCCUGAACCCCCUAAUCUACAGCCUGAGGAAAAGAAUCUUGAAGGCUGCCCUGGAGAAGGUCCUGAGUGGGGGAUCCAUUCCCUCUGA